AUGAGUGAUAUGCCUGUGGAUGAAAUGCGCCUGAGAAUUGCCGACUGUUGUCCUAGCAAUGUAGCCAUGGUGGUCACUCCCCCGGAAGAGACCGAUUUGAGUCUCGACGCCCUUCGAAAACUCCAGUUGCAUGAGAAAAUCGCUCCGAAAGAGUCGAUCUCGAGCGGAUCUAUGACUCGCAUUUAUCGAUUUACACCUAAACCAACCCUCGUCUUGGAUGGCGCACUACGAAUCGUCGAGGUAUCCGAUAGUCAUGUGGAAGCCUUCAAGUGGUCUCGCGAGCGACUCAUGACCCGGAAUAUCUACGACCUUCCCACCUCCAUCCUCCCAGUCUCCAGCGUCACAUCUCUGAGCGGUGCCAUAGGCACCGCCAUCUCAACUCGCGACGUGCAGGUCAUCAAGCACGUUAAAUCACCCGAACCCAACACCCAGUUUUCACUCAGCGUGAUCCCCAUAUUUGAAGGCGACAAUCUAAUCUACGUGCUCCUGGAAUCACAGCGGACCAAGGGUCAACGGAAAAGGUCGAACUCUGUCAGCGAACAAACAUAUGUCAAUGAAACUUACAAAAUCUUGAUCGAUACGGUGAGGGACUAUGCCAUUUUCAUGCUGGAUACCAGCGGCCACAUUGCGACCUGGAACUCGGGAGCUGCCAUUCUGAAAGGUUACACUCGAGACGAAAUCAUCGGUCAGCAUUUCUCCAUAUUCUACAGCGCCGAGGAUUGCGAAGUCAGUAAACCCGCCCGUGAGCUGGAGGUCUGCUUACGGGAAGGAAAAGUCGAGGACGAAGGGUGGCGAUACCGCAAGGAUGGCAGCCGAUUCUGGGCUAAUGUCAUGAUCACCGCCAUCUAUCAGAACGGCAGCCAUGUGGGCUUCGCUAAAGUCACCCGCGAUCUAACCGAACGUCGGGCGGCCGAGACCCGUUUGAUUGAUGCCUUCGAAGAAUCCGCCAAGCUCAAAUCCGACUUCCUGGCCAACAUGUCCCAUGAACUGCGCACUCCCAUGAAUGGGAUGCUCUUGGCUCUCUCGAUGCUGCUGAGGACCGAGCUGAAUACCGACCAACGGGAAUAUGCAACCAUUCUGGAAGACUCAACAACUAUUCUCUUGCAGGUCAUCAACGAUGUGCUGGACUAUUCAAAACUGUCCUCGGGAACUUUCCCUCUGAACCCAGACGUGCUCAACAUUGAAAACGUGAUUACGGCCGUGGUUCGAAAUUGUCAGUCGUCACUCAAACCGGGCGUCGAAAUCAGCGGCGGUGUCAGCGAGGGCUUUCCCUCAGAACUCAAAGGGGACCCCUUGCGGUUCCGCCAAAUUCUGCAAAAUUUGGUGACCAAUGCAGUCAAAUUUACCGAGAGUGGUCACGUCCGAGUGCACGCGACUUACACAGCAGACGAACGGAAUCCCGAUCUGUUUACAGUUACCACGUAUGUUGAAGACACUGGCAUCGGUGUUCCCGAGGAUGCCGCAAGUACUCUCUUCACCCCCUUCACGCGCUUCGCGGACACGGCUACCAAACGAUACCAGGGCACUGGCCUUGGCCUCUCUAUCUGCAAGAGCCUGGCUGAACUGAUGGAUGGAACGGUUGGAUUCCAUGCCAAUCCAGAGGGGACAGGCACUGUGUUCUGGUUGACAGCUAAGAUGGCUCGCCAUAACCCGCUCACUUCCUCAAAGCAGAGGAUGCGACCGGCGUCCCCGGUUGAGGCGGAUCAUUCCGAGGCGCUCUUGGAGAUUGCGCCACAGAAGCACAUCCUAUUAGUUGAAGACAACAAAGUCAAUCAAACUAUCAUGUUGAAGCUUCUCAGCAGCCUAGGAUUCACGCGCGUCGACGCUGCCUGGGAUGGCGCGGAGGCAGUGCGGAUGGUCAAACAGAAGCCGUUUACAUAUAACGUGAUCCUGAUGGAUAUCAACAUGCCCGUCAUGGACGGAUUGGCGGCCACAGAGCAAAUCCGUCUGAUGAAACUCGAUGUGCCUAUCCUUGCAUUGACCGGCAAUGCACUCAAGGGAGAUGCUGAAAUAUAUCUGUCCAAGGGGAUGGACGAUUACAUCGCUAAGCCAUUGCAUCGGCAGCAGCUGGUGGAUCUGUUAUGGAAAUGGUGUGGACCCUGA